AUGCAGAUGCAGCAGCGGCAGCGCUUUAUCCAGCAGCAGGACUGGCUAGGCAACAUCCCGAUGACCGUCAGCUACGUCGCCGUUGAUCUCCUCGCACAGCAACAUCGCCUGGCCGUAGCCGCGAUGCCGUCAAGCCGCGGCCUAAUGCCUGAGCCGCUGAAGCCUUACACCGGCAGCUUUAUACAGCAAUACGCACUCCCUUGCAGCCACACAAUCUUCAAAAAGUUAGAAGACAGCGAGGCCCUCAGCAAGGAAAAUGACAUUAACGAGCCCCUGCUUCGAAUCCGCGACCCCGAUAUUAUCCAGAACCUCCGUGGCCGGCCUCGCCUUCCAAAUAACAAGAAGAUGACGGUACCGUCAGCACUAAUAGCCGACGACGAUGAGGAUGAGGCUCCGCAGCCGCGAUCAUCGAGAUCAACGCAGCGACGGCAGCCCAAGCAGACUCCACGGUCACAUCGCCUCAAGCGGCGUGCGAAGCCAAGCGCGCGCCGCAAUCUAUCGCAAUUUAAAGUUACAGGCUCGCAGAGGUCGUCACAGGGCCGCGGCCGCAGCCGCAGCCGGGGAACUUCAUCACAAAGAACUACAAGCAGCCGGUCGCAAGGAGGAAGGAGGGUAUCUACGGCACGGCUUACAGCAAUUGCUGCUGCUGUUGAGGAGGCUGAGGACGAGGACGAGGACGAGGACGAGGCUGAGGACUGUAUUGAGGUUAUCCCGGCCACCCAGCCGGGCGACGACGAUGUUGAUGAGCUUGCCGGCAUGUAGGGCGUUGUGUAAUCAAUUUAAGGCAUCAGGAAGCAUUAGAGGGCAUUGGAAUCGCAUUUCUGGAAGGAAUUGAUAGUCAAUAGUUGUACUAAGUGUAAUUUUGUAUGAAGAUAUCGUUUCCCAGUGCGUUACACUGUAUUUUGGUGUGUAGGUGUGGCAAUUGCGAU